AUAGAAUCGUUAUAAAAGCAUUAUUAUUAAAGAAGCUUGUCCGACGCUAAUCCUUGAGUUCUCUUCCAUCCGUCGAUCGGCAAGCCCCCGGUUUGCGAUUAUGGCUAAGAACAUCCUAAUCGUCUGCACUUCCUGUGACAGGCUUGGAGAUACCGAUGAGCCAACGGGCUGCUGGGCUGAGGAAGUAGUCGCGCCUUAUUAUAUUUGGAAGAAGCAUGGCUACAACGUCACUAUCGCCUCCGUCAAGGGAGGUGAAGUUCCGAUGGACGAGGCCAGUCUUAACCCGCCCUUCCUCACAAAGGAGGUCGAGGAGUUCUUACUAGAUGACGCGGCCAUGAAGGGCCUCAUGGAGUCACUGCCGCUGUCGCAAGUCACGGCGGCGGGCUACGAUGCGGUGUUCCUGCCCGGAGGUCACGGGACCUGCUGGGACUUCCCAGAUAAUGCCGAGCUUCUUGCGUUGUUGUCGCAAUUCGUGGAGGCCAACAAGGUCGUGUCCGCCGUCUGCCACGGGCCCAUGGGUUUGGUCAAUGUGAAGGGGCCAGAUGGGCAGCCGCUGGUGGCUGGGAAGAAGGCAACAUGCUUCAGCGACGCGGAGGAGUUCGCCGUGGCUAAGGAGAAGCUGGUCCCCUUCCUGCUGGAGACGAGGCUGAAGGAGCUGGGGGCCGUGUUCCAGAGCGCACCGGAGAAGUGGGCGCCUUUCGCUCUCCGAGACGGCAACCUCGUAACCGGUCAGAACCCCGCUAGCUCAGCCCGUGUAGCUGAGCUGGUGGUUGAAGCGCUCUCCAGCGCCUGACUGCCGGUGUCCGCUGCUGCAGUCGGCUGCGGGGCGGGGACACGGCCGUGGGGCCUGGAGCCCCCCCAGCACCUCCCACAGGGAGGCGGCCUGGACAGCGGCUUUGCACGCAUGAUGUACGCGCUGAACACGACGGCAGCCGCGAAGACUGCUAACAGGCAGCAACAACAGCAGCAGAACCUCUCGCGGUGACGGCGGCGGUG